AUGUCACAGUGUGACAGCCCCCCCAUGGACUGCACCAUCAAGUUGCUUGAGCUUCCCAUCUGGGACGUCAAUUCCCAUCCCGACAAUGGCCGUCCUUCGGAGCAGAUUCGACUUUCCUAUGAGCGAGCAAGAAGUGUUGUCCGGCACGUCGGAAUGACCACCCGGGACAUCGUGACACUCAGCCCCAAAUUCCGCGGCUUCUUCUCCGACUUCCUCGGGACGGCUGACAGUGUCGUCGCCACGAUCCUCAGCACACAUUGGAACCUCUGUAUGGGAACCAUCGCCGCCUACGCCGCCGAUGACCACGCCGACUCGUACGCGCGUCGAGUCCUCCUGGAGCUGGAGGAGUUUCGAUCCGUCGGCGAGUUCAUGCUGGCCGAGGUUGCACACGGCCUCGACGCACGCAAGCUGGAAACCACCGCCACCUACAACCACGACGGCUCAUUUGACUUGCACACCCCAAGUCCCACGGCUGCAAAAUGCACGCCCUCGACCUCCCCGGAAGCUGGCGUGCCCCGGAUCGCCGUCGUGUUCGCGCAGCUGGUUGUGGACGGAGAGCGAAGGGGAACCCGUCCCUUCAUCGUGCGUCUUUGUGACGCCGACGCCAUGACUUCAGGGUUAUGUUCACGCCCGUUGCCCCCCCUCAAGGGCCCGAAACAUGUCCAGCACCGUGUUACCAUGUUUAACCAUGUCCGGCUGGAGCCGGCGGCGCUCCUGGGAACUUUGGAGGCCGCCAAGGAUCUGCAAGGAGAACUUUCCCUCCAAGUACAUCGACAAACGGUCGCGACCUUGUGCCUGUCUAUGCGUCUUAUUCCUGUCCUCAGGGUCGCCGCCUUCAUGUUGGGGAGAUGCGGCGAGCGUCGACAGCCAGCAGGUCCCGAACUGACCGAGAAAAUACCUGCGACGAGCUUGACUACACGGCAUGGCCCUGUAUUGGUGGCAUCGACAUUGUCAUCGGUUCUAGAGGCAUACGCGGCGAUAGCUUGGGGAGACUUUUGCCGCGCAGAACAGCCCCCGCUUCGCGAUGGCCUUGCCUGCAUCUUCAAGGCGGCUGCAGCGAUCGAUGGUCAGUCCAUCUUGGACGAGAUGGCUGAAAGAUGUGGUUGGCAGGGCCUGUGCUCGCUCAACCAGAUUGCAGACCUGGCGUCUGCGGUCCGUGGCAGCUCAAUUGCAGAGGGCGACUAUUUGGCUCUCUGCAGUCGGCUUGUUUUGGAGCUGCUUCUUGGAAGAUGCAGCAUCCCAAAGGCUAGAAAUCCGACAUCACUGCUUGCCAGGCACGAGUACGGCGUUUGGAGGGAAGCAGCAGGCCAAGCAAAGGCCAUUAUGGGCACGGAAGGCAGCAACCGCAACGAGCUGUUGGACGCCAUGAUUCUGCUGCGAUGUCGAAAGCUGGUCCAGGCAGUCGGGCACAGGAUGGCGUAUGAAGCGGCCCUGGAAUCGAGCACGGUGACCGUCGAGAUGCUUCGGCUCUACGAGGCAACCUGCAUGCUGAAGGACCCCGGCUGGUACGUUGAGAACACCAAAUUCACCUCGUCAAAGCUGGACGAGCACCAUGCCAUGGCUGUGCGUGCGCUACUCCCCAGCCUGGACAAGUUGCUGGAUGAAAGCGGUGCGGCGGCCUGGGUAACAUCACCUAUCCUGAGCGAACAGCGUUGGACAGACUUUGUCGGGAAGCUCGCUGAAUACAACUCGGGCAGCGGCAGCAGCAACGCCGAGACCAUGAACGGUUGUGUUUGGGACAACAACAAUCAUGUCACUGUGUCCGAACCAGCUGAUGGAGAGUCACGGAACCUUGAAGGAUCUUUGGAGCUGGAUAAGUUGAGGGCUUCCCGGAGAGUACCCAGCUUCGCGUCUAGGCAGUGCAAUUGUCUAUAA